GCCACACGUGCCUGUGUAGCGUACUGCUAUGAUGUACAGUACAGGCAGGGUGGAAGGCAGCUGAAAGACUGGAUUGCUGGAAGACACGUCAGCUGUGCGGAAGGGAGCAUGAGCUGCCUGGUGUCUAUGAGGAAAUCAGAACAAUUUUUGGUGUCUCCUGGAUUUGGAGUAAAGCAAUGGUAGAGCAGAUUAUCGCUAGGGAUCCACUAGCAGGAGAUCUGAAAUGCAGCCUCUUUGUGUCUGCCCUCCGCAGCUACAAGAGAGACUCCGUCCUAAGACCGUUUCCUCCCUUCUAUACCAGUGACCAAUACAAAGACUUCGACACCUUGAUUGCCGACACCAACGUCUUACCCAGUCUCCAGGACUUCAUCCAAAACAAGUCGAAGUUAGACCAGAAACUCCUCAGCCUGUUGAGCUGGGUUCUGUCAGAGAAGCUUUUCACCAUCAAAUGCCUCAAAAAGGAAAAGUUUGAGGAAAUCCAGGCCUUGCCCGGCUCUCCCAGCCUUGCUCUGCCGACUCCUGACUUCCUGUUUGAAAUACAAUACUGCGAGAAGCUGAACACCAAAUUCCAGGAGAUACGUGGCGAGAUGGAUGUCAUGUAUGCCCUGCACGGCAGCCGUCUAGAGAACUUCCAUUCCAUCCUGCACAAUGGCUUGCACUGCCAUCUAAACAAGACCUCUUUAUUUGGAGAAGGCACUUACUUAACCAGCGACCUGAGCCUAGCUCUUCUGUACAGCCCGCACGGCCAUGGAUGGUCUCGCAGCAUAUUGGGCCCAAUUCUUAGCUGUGUUGCAAUGUGUGAAGUGAUCGAUCAUCCUGAUGUUAAGUGCCAGGUCAAGAAAAAAGACUCCUCUGAAAUUGAUCGUAAACGAGCCAGAGCAAGGAACAGCGAGGGGGGAGAUGUUCCAGAGAAAUACUUUGUGGUGACCAAUAAUCAGUUGUUACGUGUGAAAUAUCUUCUUGUGUAUUCUCAGGAGCAGCCGCAGAGGAGGUGCAGGCAGCCAUCCUGGUUUUCAAGCCAUCGGUUUGCUAUCUUAAUGACUUUGUACCUCUUUGUGCUGCUUCUCAUUGGGUUAAGCGGUUCGAAGACUUUUAUGCAUCACUGGAACAGACUUUUAAGCUGAAGGCCUUGGUCUUUUCUCUGCAGACUGCACCAGAAGCCUUAACUAUGGAUUUAUUCCAUAGCCAUUCGGACUUUACGCUUUAACUUCUUCAAGCAAAAAAAAAAAGCAUUCCAGUUCUUACAAACUUUGAUGUCAUUCACGAGCGGCAUGGAAAAACCGAGAGUCUUUUUUUUUUUCUUUUCUUUAUUAAUAUUCCUACAGAAACUUGGAAUUUUAAUAUCACUAAGCAAUAGAACAAUCUAAGAUACAUGAAGAAGAUUCUAAAGGAUACGUGAAAAAGUGCACCUUAACUGAGACCUGGAGCAAAAGUUCUAAAGACUUUGAUGAUAAAAGUGUAACCGUUAUCAUUGUCAGAUUAGAAUAUAAGUGGCACAGCGGUGUUAGGUUUUCUGCUGCUCCCAUUCACAUUUAACAGCCGAAAAAUAUAACAAAACUGACUUUUUAUCCUCAUCGUAGACAUUGGUGAUUAAAUACUAAUGUCAUUCUUGUAAAA